AGGUAAUAAUCGAGCGUGAGCAAGCUAGUCGUUUUAUUUUACCAAAUAAAACCAACGAACGGUGCAAUAAUUAUCCGUCAUCAAAGUGGACAUGGAAUCCAUACAACAAGAAGAUGUUCCUCCCAACUUGUCAAAUCUCGUCAAGGUCCCUUUGGGCAGAUGGCAAUUAUUCUUACGAGAAAAGCCCGACUUUGAAAUUGAUGGACAGCCUUUUGUGGCCUUGACCGUGAUGCUCCAUCCUGAGACUCACGAAUACAUCUGGAGAGCCUUGGGACGAAUUGUCGAAUCCGGACAAGUCUCCAGUUACCGAGAAUUCUGGGACCGAUGCCACAAGUUUUUUAACAAGGAAACGCCGUGUUUGGGCUUGAAUCCACCAGAUGCUCAGUUUCCACUGUCUUGUCAAUUUUCUUCCAAGUGUUCCAUCAUGAUCCCCAAAUCCAGUGAAAGUACGGCUUGUAAAGCUUGUCUGCAAGCGGCUGAAGAUCCCGUUCAAGUAUGGCGAGAAAUCCGAAAUGUCGCAGAAGAUGUCAUCUAUGACGGUGGUGUCAAAACUCUCGAAGCUUUGAACCAAAGUCAGGCCAAAGUCUGGCCUUGUCCGAUGUGCUCGGUUGAAGUGCCAUUGACCGACAUUAAAUGUCACCUUGAAAAGUCUCAUUUCUUCAGUCAUUUUGUUUGCUUCCAUUGCGAUGAUCAAUUUGUGGAUGCCAUGGAUUUGUCUCUUCAUACAUAUCAAGAGCAUCCAGAGAUUCAAGAGCUUUGCUGUCCACUGUGUCCUGCAAAUGUCCCCAUUGACGGUGAGAGUGACGAACUUGAUAAUCACUUCCGUCAAUGUCGCAAGAAUAAGAACAUUGCUUUGAGUCAAGAAAUGGCAGAACUUUUUGAGUGCCAGCUCUGCUAUUUGCGGUUCCCCACCAAAACCAUGUAUGUAAGUCACUUUGCCGCAUGUCUGGCCGCAACGCUUAGGACAGAAAGUGUCCAUGGUAAAAACUUUCAAAUGGUCGAGCUCGAAAAUGUGUCUUCAUUGUCAACACUGAAAUCGAACUUACAAUCGCAGGACAAUCAACUAGAAUUAUCCAAAGUCACAUGUCAAGUGUGUUCCAAGAUGAUUGUUGCCAAGUUUCUGACCCGGCAUCUCAUGGUCCGUCACAGUAUUGGCGAUUUCAAGUGCACCUCAUGUCCAUUGAUUUUUCUAAGUGCCAAAGAACUUAUCGAUCAUAGUUAUGAUGCUCAUUCGUCGCAGGAAAAAGAGGUGUGUCCAAAUUGUUGGAAAAAAAUUGAGCGGCCUCGUCUUGUUCGACACGUGGAAACCUGCCACAAAAUUAUUUUCUGGACUGCUAGGGCCAGUAAGCGUUUUCGGUAUAAAGGGUUCAUCUGCCCCGAUUGUGGCUCAAUCUUUUUUGACCAGACCAAAUUAGACCAACACGAAUCUCAAGAAUGCAAUCGACAAAUAAACGUCGGUGAAGUUAUGUUUGGCCAUAAAUCAUCCCAAAGAACUGAAUCAUUCCAAUGCACUAAUCAUAAAGACCGACCGUUGAGUGAAGAGAUCCUCAAGUGCAGACUCUGUUUUCAAAAGUGCAAGAAUUUGAAGGACCUCGCAGAUCACCUAGAAGAUGUUUGUGAAGCGAGAGUUCGGAACAGCAAAACUGCUCUCAGUUCGGUGGUUCCGAUUUUCCGGAAUGGUGAUAAGCCAAAAGAAUCGCCAGUUGUUGUUCCACUGCGGUUAUCUUCAUCAGAUAAGAUUGAGUGUCACGUCUGUUGCAGGCAAAUUUCGAUUGAAACUUUGGCCAAGUACAAACUUCGUCACCAACUCGGCCAAUUUAACUGUCCGAAAUGCCCAUUGAACUUCGUAACGGCUGAAGACGUUUUGAAGCAUGUCCUUACCCAUCCGGAUGUGCACGAGUUGCAUUGCCCUAAUUGUAAUCAAGAUGUGGAUCUUGGACCCAAUCACGAAGACUUUGUGAACCACAUGGCAACUUGCUAUAGGCUCAAAUUCCGUUUGGACGAAACAAGCCAAAAACACAUUCAAGAAAUUGACCGGGAAUGUGUUAAUUGUGGGCAAAGGUAUGCGGCUUUGUCACUUAUUGUGUGUGACAUCUGUGAUGAGAAAGUCAUGGGGGUCGAAAAGUUAAAGAAGCAAAAAAGUCAUCACAAUUCACCGAGUGCAUUGUGUUUUAAUUGUGGAAAGGAAUCGUCACAGAAUUUCCAGCUAAAGUCUUUAUUGAAACAGUGUCAUUCGUCCUAUAAAAAGGUCAUGUGCACAGACAAAUAUAAAUGUGACUUAUGUGGCAAAGAAUUUAAAAGGCCAUGCAUUUUAAGGACUCACAUGAAUAAUUCUCAUCCGACCUCCGCCAAGUUCUCUUGCCAAGACUGCGGGUUUAUUGGGGGAGGUCCCUAUGGUCUCAAAAGACAUCAAGCAACCCAUGAACCGCCCAAAUAUGGGUGUCCGAUUUGUGGAAAAAGGUUCAUAAGACAACGUGCUUUGCGAUGUCACGUAAAUACCCACACUGGAAAGAAACCUUACAAAUGCAAUUUAUGCGAUUUUGAGUCUGCGGCCCAGACUAAUGUGCACCGUCACAAGAGGCGUGUUCAUCAAAACCGAUCCAAGAGAAAGAAAGAAAACAGAUUAAAAGAAUUGGGAAGCAAGAGCUGACGUUAAACGUUUGCUCAGACAAAUGACUUUCAAGUGUAUACAAUAAAUGAAGGAUGAUGACUCUCGACAGUCUUUAUUUUCUUGUCAAGAUUUUACAGAUUUUGGAAUUGAUACAAAGAGUAUCAUGGGAUUUAAAAAGUGUAAUGUCCAAGUUUGUGAGACAAAACAUAAUAAGAAAUGUUCUAGAACUCUAAAACACUAGUAAUAUCAACAAGUGCCAUUAGUUAGCCAAGUCGUCUAUA